CUAAUUGACAGUUCCAUUUGACUCCCAUUCCAGUUUUGUUUAUUUCCCAUUGUUGCAUCUCUUUAAAAUAUUUUAUGCAACGAUUGCAUUAUUUCCUGGUGUCGAAAUGUCGAAAGAUAACGAAACGGCUCGUGUUGAUAGGGAGCUAGACCUCUCGAACGCUGGUCGUGGCGUCUGGUUGGUUAAGGUACCGAAGUACAUGGCUAACAAAUGGGAGAAAGCUCCCGGUAACAUAGAGGUUGGCAAACUAAAAAUCUCCAAACAAGUGGGACAGAAAGCGCAAGUUUCGCUGACACUUUCAGAUGCGGUGAUAAAUAUUGAACCUUCGGAGGAAAUCCCUCGGGAUCAUAGGCUCGAUGUCUCAGUUGUUACCAAACAAACACUGGGGGUGUUUGCGCACAGUGUUCCCGCAACGACCCGAGAUGAUGCUACGCCAGAGAUUGAGAAACUUUUCAUGGAGGGCCGGAUCGUGCAGAAACUCGAAUGCCGACCGUUCGCUGACAAUUGCUACAUGAAAAUGAAGCUGGAAUCGAUUCGAAAGGCUUCCCAACCGGCUCGGCAAGUAAAAUCGUUGGAGAAAAUAGUGCAUAACUUCAAACCGGUUUCGGACCACAAACACAACAUCGAAGACAAGGAGCGUAAGAAGGCGGAAGGAAAGAAAUCGCGAGAUGAUAAGAAUGCAGUUCUUGAUAUGCUGUUCAACGCAUUCGAGAAACAUCAGUACUAUAACAUUAAGGAUUUAGUAAAGAUUACUCGUCAACCGAUCAGUUAUCUUAAGGAGAUUCUUAAAGAAGUCUGCGAUUACAACAUGAAGAACCCACAUAAGAAUAUGUGGGAAUUGAAGAAGGAAUAUCGUCAUUACAAAGAAGAUGACAAGAAGGAUGAGAAUAAAGACAUUUCCGACAGCGAUAGUGAUUAGUAUUUAAUAGAUUCUGACGUGCAAAAUAUGAUUCAUUUCCAUAAUAAACAAUUUUAUAUUCUUGUAACACCUAUCGAGAAGGUAAAAAGCUCUCGGUCUAUAAAUAAAAUAAUGAGUUUAUCUUAAA